UGCAGACUGCCUAGCCCAUUCUUCCUUUAUUUUACGUUACUUUUGCUUUUAUCCUCUAAUUUAUACUCAGCGUUUUGCUGAGCAUCCCUUUCCUCACGCAAUCCCCUCUGCCAUGAGCGCAAAAUCCUCCACAAUCCCCGAUGCAUGGGAUGACGACUGGGAGAAGCAGGCAGACCAUGCACCUCCAGAGGAAACUACCGCACCCCCACCAGGGAAAAAAGUCUCAUCUAAGGUUACAAAGGCGCAACGAAGAGCGCAACAAGCAGAAUUCAACAGACAAUUGUGGGCGGAAGCUGAAUCCCCGCAGGCCUUUCACUUCCUCGAAACCAGGUCCAACGUCCCGCUGAAACAGGACAUAAAGCCGGCCGUUACUUUGCUUAGUCGGAAACCGCAGAUCGCCUCUCGACAGUCAUCCAGCGCAGUCAAGUCUGCUACGGCGGGUGUUGGGCGACUAGGGCUCGCCGAUGACGGCUCGGACGAUUCCGAAUAUGGGGCCAAUAAGGAACCGGAAUUGACACCGGAGGAGCGCCAGGCGAUGGCGUUACGGAAUCUAGAGGAGAAACAACGCAAAUAUGAAGAAGUACGAGAAAGACUAUUUGGGAGUCCUUCAAAUGCAGCGUCCGGCGCGUCAUCAACGGGCAGCGCAACUCCUCCAAGACAACAAUAUAAUGGCGAGAGAAGAGGGAAGGGGAGGAGCCGUGGCGGCGGGAGAGAAAACCGGGAGAGGAGGGAUUCCUCUGCAGCGUCGGGGAAGUCUCGACGGCUGUAUGACCCAGACUGUGCGGCAAAACCAAACUCGUCAUAUGUACAGAGAAAGGAGAGACCGCGAACAGAUGAUCGCAAUUGGGACCAGCAACAGGCGCCUUUAAGACCCUUACGGAGCCCUAGGCAACCAGAUCCUAGUGGGAGAGCUGGUUUUGGAUUCGGCAACCGAGCAUGAGCAGGCAGAACAUAUAUACGAAAAUUUAUUCUACAUGUUCCAGAGGACGAUGAAAGCAUGGAAAGUUGCCUUUGCAAGUUUUGUGGGACUUCCCAAGGACAUCGGGGAAGCAAGGUUGGAUUGUUUGAUUGCGAAGUCAGAGGUCCAUUACAGCAAACAAGAGUGAGCAGACAUUAAGGCAGUCUUUUGCCUGAAUUUACAGCGACUGCGAGCUGGGACGUGCCGGGCUGGUUUUCUAGCAGGAAAUGUCAGCCUUGUGGAUACGUAUCUACAGGAAGCGAGGUUCAACAUACGGACAUAUCGCUCAUAACUGUCGAGAUAGAGCUCAUUGCUGCUGGUUGUUGCCUUGACAUGCUCGUCUGCUUCGAUUGCAUUUACCCAGGCAGCCCACCGAGACCCCACCGGAGGAUCCGGCCAGCCGCGGUACGGUUUUAGAACUCGACUUAGUCGGAUGACCCACGGUGCAAUUUGAAUAUCAACAAAUGACAAAUUUGGUCCUAUGAAGAACGGACCCUUUUCGUCUGCAACGUUGACUAGACUAUCGAUAUGUUCCCGGAGGGUUACAGCAUAUGAAAUCUGUUUAUCUGCGUCUUGUUCUCGCAGGACAGCGUAAAAGUCGGUACGAUGUGGCGGUUGAUCUGUGGUCAGUCAGCGACGGCAUUUACCAGCGGUCUGACUGCGGAGAGGGAAUAUUACAUGCUCCGACCACAGCCGGCAAUGAGCACGCAGUUUAGGAUCUCCUAUUGGUAGGAGGAUUGGGCCAGUAUGUAGAUCUUCGAGCUGUGGGCGGCACCUUUUAGAAUGGAACAGCAAUUGAAUCGCGGACGGGGGAUUCACACAUAUUCAAGCAGGACAGUGCUUUCAUAGCAUGCCCAAUCACCAUGCCGCAAAACCGGGACAAGCCCGUGCGGGUUCAGAUCCAGCAAAGACUGGGGCUUUUUGUAUGGGUCUACUUCGAUAUAUUCGUAUGGAAUGCGUUUCACCUCUAAUGCAAUCCAUACCCGUUGAACAAAGGGGCUGCGGACCCAUCACAGAGAUGUUCCCAGUCAGUCAAUUGUCUGGAGGACUUGGAAUCGAUAGUUCAGGUGGUCAGCUUUAAAUACGAACGCACCAGAAGCAGCUCCCGUAUAAAACCAUCUCGCUUGGUCUGUUAUGCUUCUUCGCCGUGAUGGCAGCGGAGCCAGAGGUUUUCGUAUGGUAUGACUUGGGUGGGUUAAGGGGUGAAUCCGUACUCAUCUCCUCCACGUGUUGUUUCUUUAAUUAUAUGCUAGAGUAGAACUUGGGAUAGAUGGAUACAUAGAAAUGAAAGAAAUAA